GAAGUUGAUUGAAAAAUGGAGCAAGUGGCUUUCAGCUGAGAUUGUGGAGAAGAUGGCCGAUCCUCAGCUACUUACUGCCAUGGACGGCGAUAUGCUUCUUCCAGACAUGGGGCUUACGUCGGACCAAGUGGCGGUGCUGGGUCAGGCAGACAUCAUUUUCCAUUCAGCUUCGUCCAUUGCACUCCUAAAGCCACUGGAGAAAAUUACUGGCCCAGUCGUUGUUGCCACAGAGCGCUUGGCACGUCUAGCCUUGGACUGCGAGCGGCUUGAAUGCUUUGUGUUUGUCUCAACAGCCUAUUGCAACGCUUAUCUGUAUGCAGAAAUGAAUGGAACUUCAGGCUUAGAGGUCCAAGAGGCAUCGUACCCACUCUCUCAUGGGGCAGAUUUGGAUCAGGAGCUGCAGGAUGUGCUCACCAACAACUCGUCUUCCGCCUAUCGUUCCCAUAAUUUUCCCUGGGCCUACGCCUAUGCCAAACACCUGACAGAACGAUUACUGGACCGUCUCUUUACUCCAACCAAAAAGCGGCUAAUGAUCGUGCGUCCAUCCAUAAUUGAACCUGCUCAAUGUUUCCCAUACCGAAAAUUCUGCAUCCCAAUGUCGACUCCACAUAUCAUUUUCUCGGCGGGCCUUGCCCUCACCCUAUCACGAACCAUAUGCUUCUCGUCUCGCUUUGAGGAUCCAUACCGCCAAUCGAGUAUUGACUAUGUCCCUGUGGAUGUAGUGGUUGAUCGACUCUUGGCCCAUGUAGCACAUGGCACCAAUGGGAUUGUACAUGCUGUCGCUGGUCCCAUGGAAUUCCAGGCGACCUGGGAGCGUACUAUCAAGCUGCGUCGGGUUCCUUUGCCUGUUCGGCCGGGAUGGACGAAGCAGUCCUGGCAUUCUGAGGCGAUACAUCCUCUGGGUCGAGUAUAUAGGACCAUAGCAUCGUGCCGUGGUACCUCGAAUGGCUCCAAGGAGUGGAUUACAUGAAUAAGACUGCCAUUUAUACCGUGUUGCCAGCCUGUACGAGAAGA